CGCACACACAUGUCUAACGGCGAAAUGCGAAGUGUUUAAGCGAGCGUAUAUAGAGAAAACAACAUUUUAUGGCAGAAAUGUGCGAAAUUUUGUUUAUCUUUGAACGAAAUUAUGAGCGAUAAGAGUGGACAAAGUAAUAACAAAACCAAUCAUUUUAACUCACACAAAGCGCGAUAGACGAUCGGGUUUGUAAACAAUAUUAAAAAGUGUUAAUUUCAACUUGCUCUCGACUGAGUUGCCUUUAAAAAGCAAUAAACUUAAAUUAAAAACAUUUGACGACAAGAAAAAUGGCCAAGAAAGACGACAGAGCCACACCAGAGACACCGUCGUCGGUUAGCACCGAUAUGUCGUUCGACCAGAAUACUUCCGAUACAGAAGACCGUUACAGGACACCUACCUAUAUGCCGACCACCAGCACGGAUGGCUUGCGAGCAGGUGAAUUUACAUCUACCGAUCCGCUUACACCACAAAUGAGGCAUAUGCCGCGCAGACGCAUUAUGUCCUUAGAACUGCCGGUGUUUUUAAUGUUUCUCGCUACUUUAUUAUCCGGUGUGGUCAUGCUCAAUCAGGAACUAUAUCAAACUUGUGUAGCCGUGUUCCACUACAACGAAAGCGACUGUGAACCGCUUCGUGGUAUUAUACCUAAAACUAAGGAAGCGCAGAUAAUUGAAAAAAGUUUACAACCUUAUGUUGCCAAAAUUACUAUGACCAGCUCUAUACUGAGUAAUGUAUGGCCGGGAAUUCUAGUACUAUUUGUUGGACCCUGGUCGGAUAAAUUCGGACGUCGACCAGUGCUGUUGGUCACUUUCACCGCUUUGUUCCUUGGGCAAGUUAUAACAACAAUCUUAGUUAGUUUUUCGAAAGAGCUAUCACUAAAUCCCUGGUUCUAUCUGUUGGCUAGCAUACCGUCCACGCUGGUUGGCGGCGGCUGCUCUAUGAUAACAAUCGUGUUCUGUUAUAUAUCUGAUGUAAGCGAUAUAGAAAAUAAAGCAAAGCGAAUGUUCUAUGUGGAUAUGGCAAUGGGUUUGGGUGUAGUGCUUGGCAACAUUUGUAGUAGUUACUUGUUGCGUCUAACAAAUACUACAAUAGUCUGCGCUAUAUCUGCUACACUCGUAUUCAUCGCUUUGAUGUAUAUUUUGUUUUUCAUUGCUGAAAGUUUAGAGGUUGAAGAAACUACCUUUGCGUAUAAAGCAAAACACUUUUUUGAUGUGCGUUUAAUCAAGGAUCUCGUGAAGACUUGUGCGACGCGGCGUCCGAAUUAUGGACGAGCGAUCAUUGGUUGUACAAUUUCCAUUUUAAUUGUAUCAAAUUUCGCUUUAACGGGUGAGCUCGGCGUCUUCUACCUGUUCUUGCGCAACAAAUUCAAUGUUACAUUGCAACAGUUUACCUACUAUAAUGCUGUUGGCAUCACAAUUAAAAUGGUUGGUUGUGCAGUUGCCUUCGGCGUGUUCAGAAAUCUCUUAAAAAUAUCAUUUUCGGCUAUUGCUAUGAUUGGUUUAUUUGGUUGUAUUUUGGAUACUCUAACGCGCGGUUUAGCUCAGCAGUUUUGGCAAAUGUAUAUGGCCGCCGCCUUAGGACUAAUGUCCGGCAUAACAGGGCCAAUGUUGCAAUCAAUCGUUUCAUUAGCAGUACCACCAAAUGAAAUUGGCAAAAUUUACUCGCUGGCGUCAUGUCUGCAAACACUUUCACCAUUGGUUUCUGCGCCUCUAUAUACAUUAGUCUACAAUAGUACCUUAAACUUUUACCCUGGAUUGUAUAAUUUUAUCAGCACAGGAUUGUAUGUGGAGUGCCUCUGUGUUAUGGUACUCAUUUACAUUUUCGAACGACGAGUGAAAAAUGAAGAAACUGAGAGACCUGCAACGGAUAGUACAACUACUCAAAAGACAUAAACAACUCAGUUACAUUAAAAUAUUUAUAUCUUCAAAGAGUGAUUAUUGAUAUUUUAUACAUAUUUUUGUAUUGUAAGGAAAAUCAGUUUUAGUUAGUUAGUAAGCAGUAUUUAUAAGAAAAUAAAUUGUAUGCCAAAAUAUGCUGCUUUCUAAAAU